UGUCUGAAAAGCCUUUUUGAGUGAAUCAAGAUUAUAGAAGCACCAAGAACAGACAGAGCUAACAUCCCUAAAUGUCCACUAACUGGGAACACUAGAUGGGUCAAUCCGCCUUUCAGUUAAGGUUUCCCUCCCCCCCGCCGCUAAUUUUUAGCAUUUUUGGCCGGUAAAAAUUGGAUGUUGAUGUGUGAAAUGAGCUUGUUGUCAUGUGAAAAUUCGUUAGAAAAUUGAUAUACUCAAAGGGUUGUUGUCAUGUGAAAAUUCGUGCAGCUUGCUUUUAAUAACCAUUUGUAAUUGACUUGACUUUCUCAGUUUUGUAGUUAAUUUCCUGGAAGAUGGCUUUCUACAAUAACUCGUAUGCACUUUCAAUUAAUAUAUUCAGCUUUAUGGCUAUCGUGCAUAUAUACUUAUAAUAGUGAAAUACAGCCCCUAGCUAGCCCACUUCCUUUCCUCUUCUUCAGCUUCUUGUUUAAAGAAAGAAUAGUUUUUUAGCUUACUUUCUGAGCUCACAAAAAAAAUGACCUCUUAUUGUUCCUCUGCUCAUACAUUUCGGUGGAGUUAUGAUGUUUUCUUGAGUUUUAGAGGUGAAGAUGUACGCAAAACAUUUGUUGACCAUCUCUACGUUGCAUUGCAACAAAAGGGUAUUCAUACCUUCAAAGAUGAUGAGAAACUAGAGAGAGGCAAGUCCAUUUCACCUGACCUUGUUAGAGCAAUCGAAGAGUCAAGAAUAGCUUUGAUUGUAUUCUCCAAAAACUAUGCUCAUUCAACAUGGUGUCUAGAUGAAUUGCUGAAGAUCAUGGAAUACAACAAACAAGAAAAAGGACAAAUUGUGCUUCCGGCGUUCUACGAUGUAGAGGCAUCAACAGUGAGCAAACAGAAGAUUGUGCUUCCGGUGUUCUACGAUGUAGAGGCAUCAACAGUGAGGAAACAAAAGUCCAGCUAUGGAGAAGCAUUUAGAAAUCAUGAAGCUUUUUUCCAGGAGGACAAGGUGAAAAAAUGGAGAGCAGCACUGGAGGAAGCUGCUAAUUUAUCCGGCUGGGAUUUGCCAAAUACUGCCAAUGCGCACGAAGCUAGAGUCAUAAAGCAAAUUGUGGAAGAUAUAAUGACUAAAUUGGGUGUACAGACACAUGCAAGAAAUGCUGAAGAUCUUGUUGGAAUGGAGUCACACAUGCAAAAAGUGUAUAAAAUGCUUCAGGUUGGUUCUGAUGAAGUUCGCUUCCUCGGGAUAUUGGGAAUGGGCGGUGUGGGGAAGACAACUCUAGCAAGAGUCAUUUAUGAUAAUAUUCGGAGUCAAUUUGAAGGUUCAUGUUUUCUUCAUGAAGUUGGAGACCGUUCUUCAAAACAGGGCCUAGAGCGCUUGCAAGAGAUACUUCUUUCGGAGAUCCUUGUCGUAAAAGAUCUAAGAAUCAACAAUUUAUAUGAAGGAGAUAAUUUGCAAAAACAGAGACUACAAUGUAAAAAGGUUCUUCUUGUUCUUGAUGAUGUUUAUCACAUAGAUCAGUUAGAUGCUUUAGCUGGGAAGCGUGAAUGGUUUGGUCUCGGAAGUAGAAUCAUCAUAACAACCAGAGAUAAACACUUGCUUGUUAAGCAUGAGGUGGAAAAGAUAUACAGAAUGAGAACAUUAAGUGAACAUGAAAGUUUACAGCUCUUUAAACAGUAUGCUUUCAAGAAGAGCCACCCUGCUAAGGAAUUUGAAGAUCUUUCAGCUCUAGUGAUAAAGCGUACUGCUGGACUCCCCUUGGCUCUGAAAGUCCUGGGUAGUUUCUUGUAUGGAAGAGAUUUGGCUGAAUGGACAAGUGAAGUGGAAUGGUUGAGACAGAUCCCGGAAAAUGAAAUUUUGAAGAAACUCGAACGAAGUUUCACUAGGCUCAACAAUAUGGAGAAAAAAAUAUUCUUAGAUAUUGCGUGUUUCUUCACAGGGAAGAAGAAAAAAGCAGUGAUGAGAAUACUCGAGAGUUUUAAUUUUAGGUCAGGCAUUGGCAUAAAAGUUCUCAUGGAGAAAUCUCUGAUUACUAUCUCGGAAGGUCGAAUCUUAAUGCACCAAUUGAUACAAGAAAUGGGCUGGCACAUUGUUCGUCGAGAAGCUUCCGAUGAUCCAAGAAUAUCUAGUAGGUUGUGGAAGCGCGAAGAUAUUUCUCGAGUACUUGAAAGAAAUUUGGGCACUGAAAAGAUCGAAGGCAUAUCGUUGAACUUGACUAGUGAAGAACAAGUGAAUGUUAGUCACACAGCUUUCAUGCAUAUGACCAGACUAAGGUUUCUCAAAUUUAAGAAUGCAUAUGUUUGCCAGGGUCCUGAUUUUCUUCCUGAUGAGUUGAGGUGGCUUGAUUGGCAUGGAUAUCCUUCAAAAAGCCUGCCAAUUAGCUUUCAGGGAGAACAGCUUCUUGCUUUGAAACUGAAAAAUAGCCGCAUCAUACAACUUUGGAAUACCUACAAGGUUCUAGGAAAAUUGAAGUACAUUAACCUUAGCCAUUCACAGAAGCUACUAAGGACCCCAGAUUUUUCAGGUACCCCUAAUCUUGAGAGGCUGGUUCUUGAAGAGUGCACAAGUUUGGUCGAAAUCAAUUUUUCUGUUGGAGAUCUUGGAAGGCUAGUCUUGCUGAAUCUGAAGAACUGCAGAAAUUUAAAGACCCUACCAGAGAGCAUUCGAUUGGAAAAGCUUGAGGUUUUUAUCCUAUCAGGCUGCAUUAAACUCAAAUCGUUCCCAGAAAUAGAAGGGAAAAUGAAUCGUUUAGCAGAGCUGUAUUUGGGUGCGGCCGCUUUGAGUGAACUGCCCGCAUCAAUUGAGAACCUGUCAGAAGUUGGUGUGAUAAAUCUUAGCUACUGCAAGCGUCUUGAGAGUCUCCCAAGAAGUAUUAUUAGGUUGAAAUGUCUAAAAACACUUGAUGUGUCCGGAUGCUCAAAACUUAAAAAAUUACCAGAUGAAUUGGGACUUUUAGUUGGUUUAGAGGAGCUCCACUGCACUGACACAGCCAUCCGAACAAUUCCUUCCUCUGUUUCUCUGCUAAAGAACCUUAAGCACUUAUCUCUCCGUGGAUGUAAUGCUUUGGGUUUACAAGUAACUAGUUCAAGCUUCCCUUGGCUUCAAGAAAAGUGCCAUCACGAGAAGUUUAUGGGUGUAAAUUUUCAUAAUUUAUCGGGUCUGUGUUCAUUGACCAAGCUGGAUCUUAGUGACUGCAACAUUUCAAACGGAGGCAUUUUAUGUAAUCUUGGGUUUUUACCAUCUUUGGUGGAAUUGAAUCUCGGUGGCAACAAUUUUCCCAGUAUUCCAGCUACAAGUAUCAGUCGUCUCACGCGACUUAAAGUCCUUGCGUUGGCUGGUUGUAGGAGGCUUGAGAGUUUUCCAGAACUUCCUCCAAGUAUAGAAAAGCUAUAUGCUGAUGAAUGCACAUCUUUGAAGAGCAUUGAUCAAUUAAUCAAAUAUCCAAUGCUGCAUACGGUUUCACUCAGAAAAUGUCAUCAACUUCUAAAAGAUAAACGUCAUGCCUCCAUACUUGAUUCGCUGUGGAAGCACAUGCUCAAGGAACUAUCCAUGAUGGGUGGCAGAUUUAGUAUUUACACCCCUGGUGUGGAGAUCCCAGAGUGGUUUACGUACAAGAACUUGGGGACUUCAAUCUCAGUGGCCCUGCCCAAACAUUGGUACACAAACAAAUUCAUGGGGUUUGCUAUUUGUGCUGGUUUUGAUAUGAUAACUCCUUUUAUUUUAAGUAGUGCUAAUUACCUAAAAACGCUCCACGGACCUGUGAUGCGGUGUAGGUUCACAAGCCAUGAUGGUUCGUUGAGCGACAUUAGCAGUUCUUUCGGCUUAAUGGGAAGUGAAAAUCAUCUGGAUUUAGGCCACACUUUUCUAGGCUAUGUGUCGUUUGAUUCGUUUUGGUGGGCGUUCGAGCAUAUAGUUUACAGUCCUAAUAACUGGAUUCAGUUUGAAUUUGGUGCCUCUAAUGAGAAUACAGUGAUCAAAGGUUUGGGGGUGCGUCUUGUGUACGAGAAUGAUAUCAAUGAUCCAGAAUAGUAUAUCAUGAGGAAAAGAAUCAAUAGCAAAAGCUUUCUUAGGCUGUGAAAGCCCACCAAGUCGCUGAUUUUAAAGGCUUUUGAAGGGGUGGAACUAGAUUUUGUAAAAAUGCAAAGUAGUUUUUUGUCUCUAGUUUUGUUUUGGUAUACGUUUGAGGUCCCCCUUUGUAUAGAGGAUUGGAUCUCUUUUGUUGAGAACCAUAUUUUGGUGUAGGUUCUCUUCUUUUGGUAUACGGCUUAUACACGAAAUUUCCACAAUUGUCAAUAAUUUUUUUACCUCAUCUUAAAGAAAAAUAUUAACUAGAUAAUUCUGAAAAUAGCUAACACAAAUGAGGAAUAAAUACGUGAUUUUAGUUUUCUGAAAGUGUUAUUUCUGAGCUUAUGUGUUUCCAAAAUCAAGUUGAAGUGCCAUUCACUUUAUGAAAAACAAACAGGUUAAAAAAUUUAAGUCAUUUUGUGCUACUCAAGCAGUGCAUCCGGAGACAAAUAGAAGAAUAGCAACCCCAAAAAUACAGUACUUAUAUGGUCUAUAUCUGCUGGCAGGAUUAUAUAAAAAAUUGGGUUGCAAGCUCUGCUGUCUUUCUCACAUAGCUGUGUAGUUUCUCCACCUGGAGAAGACGAGCAAGAUGCAAGGCUGAUAGUCUUAACUGAAAAUUGUGCUCUUUUUAAUCGUUUCCACCAUGUCCUAUUCUAUAGAUGAGAUAUUUAUUCAUUUAUCUAUAUUGUUGAUGACACCAUUUUAUUAGUCCGCUAAUUUCAUUUUGUUAAGAAAAUCAUGUCACAGAGAAGGUAUCUAUCAACUACAGACUUAGUGAUAUCAAAAUUAAAUAGUACUGCAAAUCCUUAUCAAUAGAUGCUUAAAAUAUUAGAGAGUAGGUAUCCAUCAAUGGAAGCUUAAAAUAUAUAUUCAUGCGAAGUUGCUUAUCAGAUUCAUUUGUUGAUGGUUUUGACGAUGACAUAUACUUUUUUUAUUGGGUCAUCACAGACUUUCUCAACUUUCACCAAACACUUGGAAGAACAGUUGCUCUAAAGUCAAUUUUAGCCCUUUCAAUUCAGAUGUUGAGUUUUGUAUUACGCAUUUGUCUGUGUAUAAUGAUAAUAAUGGCGUCACCUUCUUUAUCACUAGUAUUCGUUAUCAUAUGCUAAGUCUUCAGUCUGUAUAAAAAAUUACAAGUUGCUGCUAGGUCUACAUAUUAUUCAGAGUCCUCUAGCAUUGUCUUGCAGGUGAAUUAACACAAUUAUAGCCAAGUUUUUGUUUGAUCAUUUAGUUUUUCAGCCACAAAAAUGAAUCAGGAAAGCUCAUUGCUGCCAUCCCCAGAAAAUAAUCGAUGGAGUUACGACGUUUUCUUGAGUUUUAGAGGCGAAGAUGUACGCAGAACUUUUGUUGACCAUCUGUACACUGCUCUGCAACAAAUUGUUGACCAUCUGUACACUGCUCUGCAACAAAAGGGUAUUCAUACCUUCAAAGAUGAUGAGAAAUUAGAGAGAGGCAAGUCCGUUUCACUAGUCCUUGUGAGAGCAGUUGAAGAGUCUCGCCUAGCUUUGAUUUUAUUCUCCAAAAACUAUGCUAAUUCAGCAUGAAGGCUGGUAUUUGCCAAAUACUGCCAGUCUUCUACAAUGUAGAUCCAUCAACAGUGAGGAAACAAAAAACCAGCUAUAGAGAAGCAUUUAGCAAUCAUGAAGGCUGUUUCAAGGAUGACAAGGUGCAGAAAUGGGGGGCAGCACUGGAGGAAGCAGCUAAUUUAUCUGGCUGGUAUUUGCCAAAUACUGCCAAUGUGAUGAAGACCUCAAGGAGCUUCGUUAUCUUGCGAAAAAUCAACUGCAGGAGUAAAAAAUUGUUGAAAGGCGGAAGAGACAAGGCAGUUCUUGAGGCUCUUGAUGUAAUGUUGUAAUCACAAAAAAGUUACAAAGGAAAUUCCUAAUAUGUUGUAUUCUUUUGCAGUAAUUUAUGUACAAAAGCUGAAGAAGAAUUUUAUCUUUAAGAUAUCCGAUUUCCUAUCUUUGCUUUUCUUAAUUAUUUUCUAAAUAUGCAAAGAUAGGAGUCAACAAAGAAAAUAGCAGGAAGGAAGACAAAAUGUGGAGUUGUAGAAA